AUGGAAGUGAUGCCUCAGAAGAUCCUGAUGGGAUCUGCCCGGCAACCGGUGGCCACAAACGCGGUCGAAGAAUGUCUAUCGAGCUGCUUAGAUAGUAUGCAGAAGUACGGCUUCCAGUGCCAUUCAGCCAUGUUCUUCCCAGACAAGCGAGACUGCAUUCUGAAUACGGAAACUGGCCGAAAUCGAGCUGACUUGCUUCUCAAUGAAGACAAGUCCGAUGUACUGUAUUUUGAGAACUAUUAUGCAGCAUCAUCUUGCCCUUCCGACACCGUGACUCAGUACGUCGAAACAAGGAACAAACAACUCACUUCGACUAUUCCGAUAUCCGAUCAGUCGUUGCAGUCGUGCGAAUAUUUUUGUACCAACAAAAUCGGAAAGAAUGGACCAUUCAAUUGCAAGAGCUUCAUGUACCGUGAAAGUGACCGUACUUGCUUUCUAGCAGAUGACUUGUCGUUGCCGUCUGGAAAAAGCAGGCUGAUGGAUGCACCCGGCAUAGAUUACUACGAAAAACACUGCUUUAAGUCCAAGAAUGUCGUCGAUCAAACUCCUAUAUUUGAAAAUCACCCACAGAAAGUUUUGCUCGGAAGUGCGGCUUCAGUGAUCGAAAACGUUCCGUCAGCGCAGAAAUGUUUAGAUCUGUGCACAAGUCCUCCAGCUGGUUUGGACAAGUCGUUUCAGUGUAAAUCAGUAAUGUACUACUACAACAGCCGUAACUGCGUGCUGAAUACGAAGUCGAGGUCUGAAUUACCAGAAAAUUUUGUUGACGAAACAGAAGGCGCUACGGUUGACUACUUUGAUAUGCUGCCCCACUCAACUGCAGAACAGUGUCCGGAAGGAUCAAAGGCGAUGAGUCUCCGCAUAACCGAUUCAAAGUUAGAGUCAGAUGAAAACAGCGUUGUAGGAGCGGCAAGCGGAUCUGCGUCAAAUUGCUUUCAAAAGUGCCAAGCGCACUCGCCCGAAAAGUGCCGCAAUUUUAACUACAACAAGGGAACAGCAAAAUGUGACUUCAUGUUUGUUCAAAGCCAUAAACUGUCAAAUUUGCAAACCGAUGCAAAUGCUGACUACUACCAGGUUGCAUGCGUGCCCAGUCAAAGCCCGUGCGAGCAUGCAUAUGACGUCACUGUCGCGAAAGAGGCCAUUGGAAGGGUGCAAGAAGUCAAAAGAAUUCCAGUAUCGCGUCCUGACUGUUUGUCUAUGUGCCUUGAUGAUUCAAAGUGCAAGGGAAUAAAUUAUAAUCACGAAAUUGGCUCAUGUGCCAAGGUAUUGGGAAAUCCACAAAGCUACAGUGCUAAUCCGGCUUGCAAUUAUUACAGCAAGGUUUGCGGAGUCGCUUCCGGGUAUACUCCUGGAACUGUCGGAGUGCAGACAGUCUGCAACUUGGACGGGAUGAAGAUCUUGGUAACCAAAGAGGAGUCAUUCACAGGAUCCGUAUUCGCCAAAAUGAAGUACGAUACGUGCCGAGUUGAAGUAAAAGAAUCGAAGACUGCAAUGCUAUAUCUGGGUUACCCGGUGGCACGCGCGGAGAGCCCAUUUGGAGUCAUGCCUCAGCCUUGCGUUGGGCACAAAUGCGCCGCAGCCAAGAAGCAGAAACGACAGCGUAGACAAGGCUUCGGACAGCCAACGGCCAUGGUACCUAUGCAACCACAGAUGUUCAGUCAGCUUCUCCCUGCACCGACAAUACCAGUACACGACUGUGGAAUAACCGACUUGAGAAACGGUACGUUCCGAGCGACGGUCGUUGUCCAAGCUAAUAGUUUGGGCAUUCCCGGCCUUGUGACUUCCAUGGAUGAGGUAUACGAAGUUGCUUGCGAUUACACCAGCAUCGCUUCCAGCAAUGCCGUAGUCAGAAAGGGACUCCAUGUCGAAGGCCCAACGCCGACCAUCAUCAAUCCUCGUGGAAAGGUAACAUUGACCAGUCCUAUUAUGCUCCAGUUAGGAGGACAUGGUCAAUCGGUGUUGAGAGCGAGGCUUGGAGAGAUGUUGGAGCUAAAAUGGCAGAUGAUGGUUCCAGGCUUGAAUCUGGACUUCUUUGUGCAAACGUGCGUCGCUGAGCGCGGAGACUUCUUUCAACCAAUUGUCGCUCCAAGCACUGCAUAUAGCGCACCGAUGUGCGCAACACCGCCGUGUCCCGCGGUUCCAAUGCUGUGCACCGCGCCAUCAUGUACCGCAAAUGCCUUUACGAAGACCGCUCAACUGCUGCUUAUUGAAAACGGGUGUCCUGCGCCAGCAGUGGCUGGAAGAAUCAUGCCUGAACCAAUAAGGAAGGUGGAUGCCGUAACGAAGAUGACCCUAAUGCAGGCGUUCAGGUUCGACGGAAGCCCUACCGUCAGAAUACAAUGCAGAUUAAAGAUUUGCGAAGGAUCUUGUCCAGCGGUCGCAUGCAACAUUCCGGGACACACUGCGAAGAAGAGCAAGCAGAAACGUGAGGUCGAAAUCAACGAAGUGAACAUCUUCAAUGACACUGACAAAAUUGAAACGGAAUAUUACACGAUACCAGUGAUGACAUCGGCGAUCACUACGUUUGCCAUCGAGGACCCGUCACAGGAGGUGAUGGUGCCGAAAAGUUCUAAUAUGCAAAAGAACGUGCCGAGUGCCCCGGAAAUAAGACCUCACGUCCAAAUAAGAAAAUUGGAGAAAAACAAGUUAUGCUUUCCCAAGUCAACGUUUGUCGGCAUUUCUUCGUUUCUGUGCAUACUGGCGCUGAUGCAAGCGGCCGCCGUGGCCAUGAUAGUCACGAAACACUGCCGAAGAAAGGGCAUAUAA